GCUGAUAAACAAAAACAAUCAACAAUGGUGCCGGCGUGGUUUUUUAAUUUAUACUAAUUAUAAGUAUUUCAUUUAUUUUUAUCAGAAUAAUCCAAAAACUCUUUUCGUCAAUUUUAUUGCAACAGUAGCUCUCGAUCCAACGUUAUUGUGGUAUCUUUCAUGGUUCCAGUAUGGACACCAGCCGGAAACGAACACGUAGUUGCGACUCAGAUGAAAUAGAUACUAGCGUCAGUGUUGCGUAUAUUCAUUCAAACAGCCUCCUUGUUGAAUCAUCAAAAACUCCCAAUAUAGGGAAAAGGGCCAAAAUGGUGCAUCAUUUAAUCAAAGCUUACGGACUUUUGGAUUUCGUUAAGGUGAUAGAACCAAAAUUGGCAAAUGCUGAACAGCUAUCCCAGUUCCAUUCUUCCAGCUAUGUUGAUUAUAUUCUGAGUUUACAAAACGAAUCAGAAGAAGAUGAUGCAUCUAAUCACAGCAGCACUGAUGAAAGUAGUGAGGAUGAAAGUGAUUGUGAUGAAGAAACCAAUGAAGAAUUUGGAAUAGGCUACGAUUGUCCUCCUUUAAAGAACCUAUUUCAGUAUGUUUCUCAUAUGGCUGGAUCUACUUUAACCGCUGCAAAUACCCUCAUUAAUGGAGAAGCAGAUGUAGUUAUCAAUUGGUGUGGAGGCUGGCAUCAUGCUCAAAGGGAUGAAGCUGAGGGAUUCUGCUACGUUAAUGAUAUUGUCCUUGGAAUUCAAGAACUAAGGAAGAAGUUUGAAUAUGUACUUUACAUAGAUUUCGAUAUUCAUCACGCAUAUCUGAAAAAGUGUUUGCAGCUUUUCAACCAGACUGUAUUGUUGUUCAAUGUGGGGCUGACUGUAUAACGGGCGAUAAGUUGGGCGAUUUCAAUCUGACACCGAAAGCUUUGGGUCUUUGCAUCAAACAUAUUUUAUCUUGGAAACGACCUGUCAUGGUAUUAGGUGGAGGAGGUUACAAUCUUGUAAAUACAGCGAAAUGUUGGACCUACUUGACCUCAGUUAUUUUAGCUCGUGAAAUACCUUCAGAAAUUCCUGAACACAAGUAUUUCACUCUCUACGGCCCAGACUUUGAUUUAGAAAUAACGCCAAGUCACAGAAAAGACUGUAACACAAAAGAUGAACUCGGGAGAACAGUCAUCAAGGUUACCGACCUCAUGGACAAGUUAAGGAAUGAGACACUACCUUGAAAGAGUGUGUCCAAAAUCGGCUUGACAGGCCGUCGCCUUUCCCACUCGGCUUGCUGAUUCAGUAGUGGAUCAUGGAAUAAGUGGUCACUGCCUCCAUUGGUGAGCGAUGAAACGUAAGCUAUCAUUGUACUCACGUCCAAAUUCAGUUUUUGGAUAUCUCUGGAGAACAUCAGUAAAGGUUGAUAACUAGACUCAAAGUGGAAGCUUGUAGUAUUGUGGAGAUUUCAGCUUUUGCCGCUCAACGAUAAAUUUACAUUCGUUUCAUAGAUCUUUUAAGUUUACAAAUUGAUUAAAUUUUGAGUUGCAUUAAUUUAAUAAGACUGAUAAAUUUCAUAUAUUUUUCAUGUUUUCCUAUUUUUAUCACACGAAUGGUUUCAAGAGAAAUAAUUCCAUGAUUAAGAGGUAGAGUUCCAAUGAAUAAUUUGUCGCUUAUAAUGCGAAAAUUUUAGACAUUUUUGUAAUUAUUUAAAGCUUCUAAAAAUUUUAAUGGAUAAUUACAAUUUUUACCAUAAAAAUUUCUGUCAGGUAGCAAAAGAAAAAAGAAAGAAAAAGUAAAAGUAAAAAAGGGGGAAAAAAAAGGAAAAUUAGGUGAAUGAUCAAGUAGUCAAUACUAUUCUUUUACCUUGAAAUUUGUUCACUCUCGCUCCUGCAAUUCUGCAAAUCAGUGUGGGAGACGAUUGAUGUGGAAGUCAACUCAUCAAAGCUACUCCCUGUAUCUAGUUGUUGUGAUAUGAUAUUACCAGAGACAUCGAUGUUCAUAUUUUUCAAAAUAUUUGACAAGGUUGCUUCUACUCCUUGGGCAAAAUGGAUGCAUAUCUAUGAAAGGAAGGAAAAUAUAGUGAUAAAUAAACUUA